UCGUAAACAGCAGCGGCGCAGGCGCUAGCAGCGUUAGCUGCUGGAGGCAGGAUGUCUUCAGCUCAGUGUUUUCCUCCUGCUCAUGGACUCUGUCAGACGGAUGUGGAGCGAACCUUCGUCCGCUGUCAGGAGGAGCUGCUGGACAUCAGCUGGAAGCCUGAGAUAAAGUUACACAGAAUCGAUCUUCUGUGUGUCAGUCAGAAUGAGGAAGAGGAGCUCUGUAACCAGGAGAGAAACUCCAGUCCGGACCAGGAGGAUCCAGAACCUCCACAAAUCAAAGAGGAAGAGGAAGAACUCUUCAUCAGUCAGGAGGGAGAGCAGCUCCUACUAAAGGAGGAGAUCGAUACUUUUAUGGUGACUCCUGCUUAUGAGGACAGUGACCUCAGCGAGUCAGAAUCAAACUGUGAUCAGCUCCUCUCUCCCAGCUCUCCUGAAACUGAGAGCUUGAACGAAGGAAGCUUUGAUGUAGCCUCAGGAUCAACUAGAAAUGCAGAGCUGAAACCAAAGCAGAGCCAUCACAGAAACAGUGACAGCAGUUUAGACUCUGUCAGUAAAUGUGACGUUUGUGGGAAAGACUUUCAGGAUGACGGGAACCACCACAGAACCUCAGAGAAGCCGUACGCUUGCAGCACCUGCGAGAAAGAGUUCUAUCAGCUUUAUAUAAUGAAGUAUCACCAAAGCGGCGUCGCAGACGAAAAGCCGUUUUCUUGUGAAACAUGCGGGAGAGGAUUCCGAGCUCGAGAUAAAAUGUUGAUUCACAUGAGAAUCCACACAGGCGAGAAGCCCUACCUUUGUAAUGCCUGUGGGAAAAGCUUUUCUCAGUCAUCGGCGUUAAAACGGCAUGCGUUAAUUCACUCAGGAGAGAAGCCGUAUUCCUGCAAAAUAUGUGGGAAAACCUUCUGUCAGAGUAGUGAUUUGACCGUCCACAGCAGAAUCCACACGGGUGACAAACCGCACAUCUGUAAGAGCUGCGGGAGAAAGUUCUCUGACGCUUCAGCGUUCAAACGGCACACGGCGAUCCACACGGGCGAGAAACCGUAUUCCUGUAAACUGUGUGGAAACAGCUUCAGGCAGAGUGGCCAUUUGCUGCGACACAUGAAGAUCCACACAGGCCAGAAGGACUACUCUUGUACAAUAUGUAGCAAAAGUUUCACUCAAAGCGGCGGUUUGAACGUCCACAUGAGGAUUCACAAUAGAUAGAGACCGUACUCUUGCAAAGUGUGGGAAAAGCUUCAUCAAUCGUCGUAACGUGUCUGCACACAUGAGAAUAUAAACGUGCAGGAGAAGGAGUAGUCCUGCCAGACAUGUGGGAAGAGUUUCACUCAGAGUGUUACUUUUACAGCCAACAGACUCUCAGGAGGAAAGUCGGGCCUGUAAUGUCUGAGUGGAAAAUACGUCUGGGAACAGAAGUUGUUAAGUAGAGCUUUCAGCUUUUAAGCGAUUUUUCAGAAAUGUAUAGCAGGCUGUGUUCGAUGUAGCUGUCUGGGCCUGAAUCAGUGUGUCAGACUGCACAAUCAAUCUUUGUCAAAUUGUCCAGUAGACGUGGUGAAUCUGUAAUAAGUGCAUUUCAGUUUUUAUUGAAUGGGUGUUAUUGAAACAUGUGGAUGUUUGUAAGGGAGUUUGAUGAUGUCAUGGAUUCAGUGAGUUGUACUCCGAGGCCUGUACAACAUUUGAAAUGUUAUCAGUGUGCUUUCUGCAGGCAAAUAUAACGUUAAAUGAUUUUCAGAUGACUGCAUUCUGUGUUACAUCGCUCCUGUUUCAAAUAGUUUUAUGCCUGUACAGAGCACGUUGUCUCAGCUUGUUCCUGUGUGCAGUGUUUGUGCUUGGGACAUGCUGCUGAGGCAAUAUUAGAUGUAGACGUUGGAUAACAAUCAUUCUUUUAGCACCAGUUACUCAGGUUCAUUCACCUAACAGUAAUUUAUACUCCAAGUAUCACCUGGUGUCAUAAUAGCAGUAAUUGUAUAUCUUUGUUGUAUUGCAAGGAUAACUGACGCUACACAACAGGAGUGAAGGAGGUCAAAAUGAAGAAGAUCUUGUUAAAUGUGUGAGGUGUUAAUGUUUCAUCUGAAAAGGACUUUCACUUGCAGUCUUGAAGUUUUCAGGAAAAAUGAAAACCUCUGUUAAUGUUUCUCUCUCCUGAACCUGCUGGAAGAACAUGGUGAACUGAUAAGGACCACAGUUUACCUCUGUGUACUUAGAGGGCCUGUAACUCUGAAAAUAUUCAAAGUACGAGUGUGGCAUGGUUUAUUUAAACGUACUGAGCUAUUGUACAGAAAAAACAUCUGAUUAUGAGUCAAGUGUGAAAUUUUCCAGAUUUUAUAUGAAAUAUAAAUGAUGUUGUUUGGUUUUACAUUAUGUUUCCAUCUGAGGCACCUGAUUAAAAUUUGCACAUUCUAGUCAGCCU